GUGAAGUAAAUUUUCAAAUUUAACGGAGUGACUACGUCAUGUCCAAGAGCGAAAAAUUAAAUCAGCGAUGUGAAUUGUGAAUACUUAUUUUCAUUUUAAAAGAAUAGUGAAUAUAAUUCCUAACAGGAAUAAUACUUAUUUAGUUUAGUUGAAGAAAAGUGAAAUUAACAAUAUACAAAACAACAUGCUGAAGAUAUGAUGCAUCGUUUUAUCAAACUAAAAAUUAAGUAAUAGACAUAAUGCUUUCAUUGCCCGUGAAUAAUUUAUUGACCAAGGAGGUCUCCUUAUCUUAUUAGUCAUCUUAAAAAGUAAAAAAAAUGGAUGAAGAGGAAUAUAUUGAAAGUACUUGGUUAUAUUUAUCUUUUUGUGUUGAACCUACCCUCUAUGAAGGGUUAAGAUUUGCAAAAGAUUUACUAAUAGCUAGUGUUUCUUUACGUAUGGCUAUACAAUAUAUUGCUAUGCCUCAUAAUGUUCGUCAUAGUCUAAGUUUCAUUAUUGGGGGUCUACUGUUGUAUUAUAGUAUAGGAUUAGCUAUUGUUUGGAUCUUUGGACUUACAUUAAGUGUAUAUAUACUUAUUUUAAUUUUAUCAUUGUCUACAAGAAAAAGAGUGAGAGGACCUGUAACUUGUCUGUGUGUUAUAUCAUUUCUACUCUUGUGUGAGUUACAUCUAAUCAACCCGAAGACGUGGCAACAAAUACGAGGAAUUCAAAUGAUAGCCUCUAUGAAGAUAAUAUCAGUUGCUAUAGAACUGGAUCGAAGUUUAUUUAAGAAAAUGAUAAAUCCAGUUGAAUUUUUUGGAUACAUAUUUUGCCCAGCUAACUGUAUGUUGGGUCCAUGGAUAUCGUUCCACUCUUAUGAUCAAUACUUAGGUGUAAAAUUCUUAACAAAGAGAUGGAUUAAAGUAAUUGCAGGAAACAUGGCAAUGGCAUUAAUAUUUUUAAACUUAUCUAAUUGUAUUGUGCCUUGGAUCAUCAGCGAUGAUAGUACAAAGUGGCUUUUAGCAUAUAGAGAUGCUCAGGCUUUUAGGAUGUCUCAUUAUUUUGUAUCAAGUAUGUCUAUGGUUUCUAUGUUGAGUGCUGGUUUUGGGUUGACAAAUGAUUGCCAUUCUGAAAUCCAAAUCACAAAACCUUUAUUUAUUGAGUUACCAAGAUCUUUAGUGCAAGUUGUUAUAUUUUGGAACAUUCCCAUGCACCAAUGGCUGAAGAAUUAUGUAUUUAAGUCAUGUCAUGCCUAUGGGCAGUUCUUUGCAAUACUAUCUACAUAUGUUGUAUCAUCACUGCUCCAUGGAUGUAACUUUCAGCUAUCAGCUGUACUAUUAAGCAUAGGAACUUUUUCUUACAUUGAAUAUAAUCUUAGACUUAAAGUUGCAUCUGCAUUAGAAGCAUGUUGCCUAGCAAACCCAUGUGCAAAGCAGUGUGAGCAUAAAUAUAAGAAAAAUUGCAUUUUAACAGUAUUUUUAAACACUUUAUUUUCUUUUAUAACUGUCAUACACUUGGCAUAUUUGGGAGUAAUGUUUGAAGCAUCUUUUUCUAUACAAGAAACUGGAUAUUCAUUUUCUCAUACAAUUAGUAAAUGGGAGAACUUAGAUUUUUUUAACCAUGGCCUAGCUACUUUUUUCUAUGUUAUAUAUUUAAUGAUGUAAGUGAAAUCUCAAAUCCUGUAUGUAAUUUUUUUAAAGGGUUAGUAAAUAAAAUCAAUUACUAAUCUUUUAAAGAAAUUCUGCAUAAAAGAAAAUACCUGAGCUGUCUUAUUGUUAUAAAAAAUAGGUUGACAGACAGUCAUUCAGUAAAAACACCCAAUCUAAUGAAAAGAAACCCAAUAAAAAAAUCAGUCUUAUAUAAUACAUUAUAACUUAAACACUUAUGUGUAAUUCAGACACAUUUUAUUUAAAAUACUAUUUAACUGGAAGAAAUUAAUACUACUUUUGUUACAUCAGACUGAUUUUAUAGUGAUAAUUGUGUAUAUUUAUCUUACCAACCCAAUUUGCUAGCAUGUUAUAUUUACACAUGUAUAUAUAUAUAAUGAAAAAUGUUCAAUUUAUUUUAAAAUACUCAUACUUUAAUUUCCUUAUAUAUCAAAACACAUAGUAAUGAUAUGUGAACUUAUUAAUCGGAAGCAUAAAAACUUAUAGAAGAUAUGCCUAAUUGUUUAAUAAGAUUUUAUAUCAGUAUUAAUACUUGUAAAAUGAAUUUAUAUAUUUUAUUCAAGUAUUUUGUGCCAUUUAAACGCAUUUAAUCAACUCUGCCAAGAUAUAUUUCCGUUAAUUAAUAAAAAUGGUAUUUUUACAAGUUUGUCAGCAGUUUGUACUAUAACAUAAUUGUAGUCACUCUUAUUACUUGAAUAUUUAACUUGCAAGCGGUAAUUUACUCUUUCCUCAGUUGGCAUGGAACAACAUGGUUCCAGAUUUUCUAUUGCUUC